AUGGCCGGCACAGACUCAACAGUGGAAGCAACCAAACAAACCUUCGUGCAGAAGUUCCGAGCAUGGGGAGAAAACCCAUUCCCGCCCACGCUCCUUGCGACCCUCAUCACAGCGCAAUAUAUGCGCCCGUUCCAGGCCGUGCCCAUGUUCUUCCCGCCGGUCCUCCUCUUCACCAGCUACGCAAACCUGCAAGGCUUCAAAACUGACGGUGCGGGUAUCAGCGCUGCUUGGUCGGGCCUCUAUCUUUUGCUCGCCGGUCGGCGGAAGCAGCCAUUUAUGAAGAAAUGGGGUGCCCGCGGCAUCACCCGAGGCGCGACGAUGGGACUCUGCUUAGUUAACAUGGUUGGCGGUGGGCUGGCUUACACAAUGGGCAAGAGGGAAGAUGAGGAAGACGAUGAGUAA